AAUGGCUACACUGACAAAGGCCAGGGGAGAUAAGCACUAUUAAUUGCUCCUUAGGCAGAUACAGUCCAUUGGCUCACUUACUCUACGCAAAAAGCAUACAAGGAGGCCUCGAGGCGGUGCAUAUAUGACAGGGGAGACUGAGUGCGUCGUUAGCUUCGUUGGUGGUUCCUCUCAGCAGCAAAGGUUGGAAGCGGGAGCUAGUACUGGCUCUGGAGCGGGAGGAGGAUACAACUGGUUUAGUAGACUCGCUAUAAGCUACCAGACCUAUCAGAGGAAGAGCAAGAGGAAGGAGCAGUCUUAUAGAGGAGUGAGAAGGAGAGAGACCGUAGGAGGUGGAGGAGGAAAGAGAAGGGGGAUGUUCUUAAAGUUUCUCGUUGAGUUUAUUAGGACGAUCUUCUUCAUUUUUAAACAAGUUUUAAUGCUAACGAAAAGAAAGUUUGUAGAGUAUCAACCUGUUCGAUAUCCCAUCCCUCCAUUAUCUCCUAACCUUGAGACACGGCUCUUUUCUGUAAGGAGAAAGAUAAUGGUACUUGAUCUUGACGAAACAUUAAUACACUCUCAUCAUGACAACAGUACUCUUCUACCUGCUACUGAAAUGCUUCCAGACUUUUAUGUCCGAGUCUACAUUGAGAAUCAUCCGGUGAAAUUCUAUGUUUACAAGAGACCUCAUGUGGACUAUUUCUUAUCAGUGGUAUCUCAAUGGUAUGAUCUUGUCAUUUUUACAGCCAGUAUGCAGAAAUAUGGUAUGGAGGUGGCUAAUCAUCUGGAUCAGAAUAAAGGGAUAUUGCCCAGGAGAUAUUUUAGACAGGACUGUACAAUGGAUAUGAAUGGCUACACUAAGAAUCUCUCGAUGAUAAGUGAAGAUCUUAGCAACAUUUUUAUACUUGAUAAUUCACCUUCAGCUUAUAGGGGAAAUCCUGACAAUGCUAUUCCGAUAACCUCCUGGUUCUCAGACCCUCUUGAUACGGACUUGCUUGAUCUCUUACCAUUUUUGGAUUCGCUGAGAUUCACGCAAGAUGUCCGCUCGGUUCUGAGUCGAAACUUACACCAGCAGUCUUUAUGGUGAUGUAGCAUAUUAUCGCUCCCUUUCCUCCCUCUCCUAAUGUUGUUUUUCAUAUUAUUAUUAUUAUUAUUAUUAUUAUUAUUAUUAUUGUUAUUAUUAUUACUAUUAUUAUUAUGGAAUAAUAGUACGCGCGCAUUCAAAGAGAGACAGGUUUCUAUUUUAUUUAAAUAAUAACAACAACAAUAAA